UGCUUCCGGCCGCGUGUGUUUUUCCGUUGGUCCUGUUACUCGCCGGCCUCUUUGCUAUGGACACCGCCAAGAGGAAGGCCUUAGGCGGCCGGGGCGGCGCGGCUUCCCCUGAGGGCACCGCCAAGAGAGCCCGCCCGGAAGAGCUCACGGGCGUGCGCUUUAAGAUGCAGCUGAAGGACCCGCCGGGCCUAGGGCCGGCCUUGGAAGCUUUUGUGUCUGCUGCCAAGCAGUUGCCACAAGAAGGCAUGUUUGAUGUCGUGGAAGGCUACAUCAAGAUUUCCAUGGAAUGUGCAGAAAUUUUCCAGCUCCUGAGUGGAGAGAAGAGGCCUGAAAGUGAAAUGCUGUUAAUAUUCCAAGUUUUAGAGGCCAUAUUACUGCGGACAGCCAGUGAUCUUUCACAUUUUCAUGUGGUGGGCACCAAUAUUGUAAAGAAGCUGUUGAACAGCCACAUGAAGCUCAUCUGUGAGUCCCUGUAUGCGUCGGGUUACAGGAUGGCACGAACCUGCCUGGACCUAUUGACAGCCAUGGUGACCCAGGGUCCUGAAGCUGCCAGAGAUGUAUGCAGCCUUUUUGAUUUGCACAAAAAGACCUUAUAUACCCUGGUGACCAAGAGGGAUUCAAAGGGAAUGCACGAUGUCCGGCUGGCCUAUAUCCAGUUUGCCCUGUCCUUCUUAAUUGCUGGUGAUGACAGCACUAUAGGGCAAGUGCUAGAGCUGAAAGAAUUUAUUCCUUGCAUUUUUAGCUCAGGCAUAAAGGAGGAUAAGAUUUCUACCAUCAACAUUCUAUUAUCCACACUGAAAACAAAGGUAAUUCAUAAUAAAAGCAUUACAAAAACCCAGAGGGUUCAUUUCUUUUCAGCACAGUUGCUAAAUCACAUAGCCUCUCUCUACAACUGGAAUGGGAUCGCUGAUGUGACUCCAGAAAACCCAGAGAACUCUGAGGUGUCUGCUGAAGAGGCAGGAAAAGCCAUGGUGAGGGAGCUUGUCCAUAACUUCCUAACAGAUCUCUGUUGUUCUCGAAAGCAUGGGAUUAGUUUUUAUGAUGCCUCUCUGGGAACCUUGGGCAGAGGAGGCAACCUGACACUCUUAAAUUUCUUGUUGGGUUUGAAAACUGCGGCUGGGGAUGAUUUGGUGGCUGAGCUUGUCGUGAACAUCCUGAAGGUGUGCCCAGACCUGCUGACCAAAUACUUCAAGGAAGUAACAUUUUCCUUUCUUCCAAGAGUGAAGUCCACUUGGCUUAAUAAUGUCAAGCUGCUAAACAAGAUCUACGAGGCCCAGCCAGAGAUUUCCCGGGCCUUUUGGACCAGAGAGUUCAUCCCGUUGCCUCGGCUCCUGUCAAUGGUGAUGGUGACCACGGUGCCUCCAGUAUGCAAUAAGAUCAUGUUCACUCAGGCAUUAAACCUGGAGAGCGCAUCAGUGAGACACACAUCUGUAGGUCUUAUUUCUGUCAUUUUGAAGAGGGCAUUAAAAACAAUUGACCAUUGUUUGAAUAAAGACGCAUGGCAAGACUCAGAUGUGUACACACCUGGAAUGAUGGAAGAAUUUGUGCUUCUCUUCAGAGAAUCCCUGAGCAAGAUUUUGCCAGAUCUGAACACUGUUAUUUGGGUCUGGCAAUCACUUAAAAAGCAAGCGAUCCAACAGGACGAUGAGAAUGGGACACAGAAAGACAACGCGGAAACCAUUCUUCUGAAAGCUGUGGUGCUCCAGGUCAUAUGCCUCUACCAACAGGUGGUCCCCCACAUGGUCAUGCAGUACAACUUUGACUUCAGCAAGCUCCUAAGAGGCAUCAUCUCUGAGCAUGGCCAUCUUGAGGAGGUCCCUCCCAUCUUGCAGAAUCACAUGCUGAAGGUGGCUCUGGAACUGCCUGCCAACAAGUUUUUAUGGUUAAAGACACAGGAAGGCCCCAACGCAGAAAUUAUUGGAGGAGAACGCUCAGUUUUUUACCUAUUAAUGAAGAUGUUUGUGACCAGUAGCCAUCUACAGCUUAAGUCAUCUACCAAACUUCUGAUCAUAAAGAUUCUUCGAGAUACAGGUGUGUUUGAGCACACCUGGAGGGAGCUGGAGCUCUGGCUGGAGCACCUGAAUAGCAUCACAGAAGAGCACAAAGAGACCGUCAUUCAAUUUCUGGAGCGUAUAUUACUGACACUGGUGGCAAAUCCUUACUCGUACACAGACAAAGCCUCUGACUUUGUCCAGGAAGCCAGCACACUGCAGUCCACUGCGAUGAAGCAGGAUGCAGAUGAUGUCAGCAUUCCCAUCUCCCAUAUUGAUGAUGUGCUCGACAUGGUGGACGUCCUGGUGGAGGGCAGCGAGGGCUUGGAUGAGGAAAUUGGGUUCUUGUUAAAUGAAGACAUGAUUCUACUCACGUUCCCCUUCAGUGCUGUGGUCCCUGCAGCCCUGGAAGCCAGGAAUAAGCUGCUCCUUGGAUCAGAAAAUAAAGCAGGGGAAAGCAUUGUGGCAUAUCUGACUGUGGUUCUAACUGAUCUUCUUCACACCCAGAGGGACCCCCUGGCUCUCUGUCUUCUGCUCCAGGCUUAUGACAAGUUUGAGCCUCCAGGCCCAUCUUGCCACCACCAGCUUUCCCAGUUUCACAGAUACUACAGCCUCUGGAUCCCUGAGCAAGCCCGGGAACCCUGGCCACUGCAGAUACCCAGUAGCCUUGCACUGCAUGUUCCCCCCUCGGCCUCCUGCUUCUCCACCAUGCUGCAGACAGCCUAUGAGAAUCACACACUUGGGGACAAGCACAUUCAGAUGCAGCUGGUAGCUGCUGUCCCAUGCCUCUCCCUGCACCAGGUCCUACGCUCAGCCAAGCAGGUGCUGCUCUACCUCAGGAGCACUGUGGACACCUUCGGCCAGCUGGGCAAAAGUGUGGGACCUGCCCACCUGCAUCUUCUCCUGGAUCUCCUCAAGCACCUGGUUGUCCACUGUGAGCAGCUAGAUGCCCAGAAUCAACAGAAGUUGGAGUCUGCCCGUGGCAGGUCUGACCUCUUUUUGGACAUGGAAUCUGUGGCCUCACUGGAGUUGGCCAAUGACCAGACGGUGGAGGAAGUGCUGGUAGCCAUCCUUAAACAUCCCACACUGGAGAAUUGGUUUCUGGCUCUGGAGCGUCAGGCCUUGCCCCCGCACAUGCUCAAUCCCAUCCUUGUGAAGCUUCUGGCAGCCCACUUCAGUGCUGGGGUCCUUCAGCUACUGGUAGCAAGUGCCCCAAUUCUCUGUAAGCUGGGUCAGCUGGGCCUUCUGUCCAAGUACUCGGAGGCCAUCACCCAAACUGUGUUGAGAGAACUGCGAACCAUGACUGUGGGCCCUGCCACAUCACCACCUAAGACCCUUCCUCAACUGGAGGCUUUGCGGGAACUGUUUCCAUACAUGGAAGGCUCCAAGCUCUGUGAGGUCAUCCUGGCCCUGCUGGGCCUACCAAAGGCCCACCUGCUGACCCAGAGAGCCACAAAGCAUCUGAAGAAGGAGAGACAACUUAGCAGUCUUGGGAAAACCCUGGUGCAGCUACUGGCAAGUAGCCCCCAGGAUCAGCUGCAUCAGAACAGUGAGCUUCUCUGGUGCGCUGAGUAUGUGAGAGGCCUGGGGGCUCUGCUCCCCACUCUGACCGACAAUGAACUGGACACUGCAUUCCUCCAAACUCUGCAGAAAAACCCUAUGCUGGCUCCCGUGGCCCCAGCUGACCUUUUCGAUUACUGCUUGGCCCGGCAGACGAAGUCAACUCUGGGCAUUGCCAGCCUGCUCCUUCAGCAUAGCUGCACCCACCUGCUGAAGUUUGAGCUGUGGUGUGGACAGUCCAGCAUGGUGCUCAGCCUACAGAAGGACCUAGAUGACUUCCUCCCCCUCAUCCAUGUGUAUCUCCAGCACAGGAUAGAAAAACACUUCAUGUGGCCAACAGGAGUGUCCUCCUCUGUAGUUCCUGUCUUGAGGAAGGCCCUGUGGAAACAGCUGUGGGACAGGCUUCUAAGUACUAAUUGGCCCCCAGAACCUGGGCUGCAUCAGGAGGUUCUGGCCCAGCUAGUUCCAUUUGCAAGAGCCAAAGAUCUCCGUGUGCUCAUGGACCAUUUGCCCAGCUUGCUUUGGACUCCAAGUAGUCACAAGAGUUGGAUCGUAGCCGACUCUGUCUCAGCAGCCUUGGAGGAAUCGGCAGGAGAGCUGAAUGCUUGGAGGAAGACCCUCCUGGGGUGCUGUGUGCAGUGGCUGGUUGUGUCCUUCAGUGGUAGCCAGCCCGGACAGGCUAGCACCCAGGAUCAAGAGAAGCAGAUGCUGCUCCGAUUAAGCGAGUUGUUGCAUGCACUUAAUGAUGUUGAUCCUAGUGACUGGCAGAAAUUUGUGAAGACAGGACUCAAAUUUCGGUAUCAGGACCACACCUUUUUAAAGAUUCUCUGCGAUUCCAUGGAGCUCCUAUAUAGCCCAGAAAGCCCAGUGCACACAAAGCUGAUGGAUCUCCCAGUGGUCCACAUGAUGCUCACCCAGCAUUCUCUGUUUCUGCCAAGCCUGCUGAUGUCUGAGCAAGAGGAAAAGCCAGAUACUCUAGUAAAAGAAGUGCUGGUGGACCUAAUGUACACAGUGGUACGGAUGUGCCCUUCUGUCUGUGAGAGCAACCACUUUGCUGUGCUGCUCGGGGCCUACAGUGCUACUCUCAGUGUCCUGGACCAGAAGAUUUUGCUGCUUCUCCGGGCAUAUGAACAGAAUAACCUCAGUCUCAUCAACUUCAGGGUACUGCUGUGGGGCCCAGCAGCUGUGGAACAUCACAAGACUUGCCGAAGCCUGGGCAAGUCAUUGUGGCAGCAACCGAGCGUCGGGGACAUCCUCCGCCUGCUAGACCGGGACCGAAUGAUGCAGACCAUCCUGCACUUCCCACAGAACCGGAGGCUGCUGCCUGCUGAGAACACACAGGAGCCACUGUUCAAAGACAAGAGAGUGAGAGUGGGCCUUGAUGGCCUUUAUGACCCCUGCUUUCUCCUGCACCUCUUCGGGGAACUGACCAGGCCAGAGUUUGUGGUGGAUUGUCGAAAAUUUUUGGAUUCAAAUGCUCUGGGUCUAACUGUAGCAGCCCUCAGCAGCUAUGACCCCCAGAUGCGAGCUGCCGCCUACUACAUCCUGGCAGCCUACUACUCACACAUAGAGGGGGCUCACUUCCGGGAGAAGUCCCAAGUUCUCUACCUGUUGGAUGUUGUCCGAAAUGGAAUUCGAACUCCAAACCUGAGACUCUCUUUUACCAUGGCUCUCUUCAUUGCCAAGGCAGCACUUCAGAUCUUGAAACCAGAGGAGCACAUGUACUGGAAGAUCAACAAGUUCCUACUGUCACAAGAGGCCUUGAACAUGGAUAAAUUACCAGGCUUCUACCAGUUCUUCUACAGCUCUGACUUCCAGCAAAAAACUGAACAGGAAUGGGUGUUGGGAAUUCUGCGGCAGGGGAUUCGAGACAGGCAUUGCUACGAGCUGUGCUCCAGGAGGGGGGUGUUCCACAUCAUCCUGUCCUUCUUCAGCAGCCCCUUGUGUGAUGAAAUGGCUCAGAAUUGGAUUCUGGAAAUUCUACAGAGUGCUGCCCAGACCACCAGAUGUGCUUAUGAACUCAUACGUGACCACAGCCUUUUAACAUGGAUUUUACCCAUCCUUGACAGCAGGUUUCUGGAGACCCGACUGCUCUCCAAUGUGAUCUGCUUGCUGCAGACCUUGUGGGUGGCCAACCUGGGAGACAAAGCAUUGGAGGAGGGGAGCCAGCCUUCUCACCAACCCAGUUCCCAUGAGCCCCAGAAGAUGCUUGCCCUGCACCUGGUCAAUGAGUUCCUGUAUGUCCUCAUGGCACUCACUAAGCACCUGAGGUCUACGUUGACCUCCACCCAGCUGACCAACUUCUUUGGGACACUUGAGUCUGUGCUGAGGUACCGGUCAACCAUCAUACAGGCCUUUAGGAACAUGGGCCGAUUUACUGUGAACAAGAUGUCACUCUCCACCAAAGAUGUUCUGGUCCUCUUACACAAGUGGAGCCUCAUUGAAAGAGACCUGAAGCUCCAAGGAGACCUGAAAGCAGCCAUCGAGAAGUGCCAAGUCAGGGACCUAAUGAAAAUGCUCAAGGAUAAAAACAGGCCUGUGAUUGCUGCCCGAGUCAAAGGCCCACGAGGUCGAAAGAAGAGGCCUGGGGAGGCUGAGGACAUGCCUGAGCCUGUGCUGGAGGCAUCUAGCUUAGAGACAUGCAAGGGCCUCUUGAGGGCCAUACUGACCCAUUGGGGGCCAGCUGUCCCCAACCGUGGACCCAUUCAGCAGCCUAUGGGCCAGGCCACCCCUAAAAGUGAAGCACUGGGUUCUGUGCAUGCCGCUACUUCCCUGGUGGCCAGCUGGGUGCUGCGGUCAGUGGCUGAGCACCCACUCAGCAAGGCAGAGGCUAUACGGCUCCUUAGUUGGCUCAAGAACUACAUUUUGUUGCACCCAGUGGUGGUGGCUGACCUUCUCAGGGACAAUGCUGUGAAGAGUGGUGUCUUUAAGCUAUACAGUUGCCUCUGCAGUGCCAGGGAUCUGGCAGGGCCUGUGCAAGAUGUGACCUGCCUGUUCAACACUGUCAUGCUGCAGUUCGUGGUGGCCCAGGGCUGGAUGGGGAACCCCAUCCACCCAGCAAUGGAGGCCCUAUGUGCCGCUUCCCUGAACAAGAAGGAUCAAGCCACACAAGCCUCUGCAGUGUUCCUGGUGUCUCUGUACAUUAAGGACAUGUGGCUGGGGGCUCAGCGGCCAGAUGUCCUUGAAACCCACAUCCGAAUGGUCUGUAAGGCCACAGAGGACCAGCCAUGUGGUGAGGAGGAGGCCAUCGUUGUGCUCUGCAAGGACAUUGCCUCCAAGCUCAGAUGCUUGACUCCUGCUUGUGACACCUCACAUCCUAUUGACCAACACCCCCCAACCUAAGGUCUAACAGUCUUCAGGGAAGGUGUGAAAUGACAUGUUCAAUCCAUUGACUGUUUUGUGACAAGAAAAAUUAAAAAGACUUACUUAACCAACAAGAAGCUCAGGGUACUGUGUUGACAAGUAAGUCAGAGUUGUGGUGACUGGGUGCUUCCAGGCCAUGAGGUCCAUGUGAUAUUCAGAUAGGUAAGACCUUUCCUUUCCUGGAGUUUAUUGUUCUUCAGAGGAAAUUCUUCAAGUUAAGGUGAUACUCAGAAAUAUAGAAUGUAUUCGUGGAUGCUAAAAUGUGGAAAACUAUCUUUUUUUUUUUUUUUUUUUUUUU